AUGCUACCUUAUGUAGACCAGGUAUUCGAGCUGCCAGCUCGGCUCACUGGCGCAUCAAUCGACGAGCUCAAGCUUAUCGGUUCUUUCCUUCUAUCCUACCCUCUAGCAGCUCUUCUCAAACGUAUUCCCGACGCCCAGCCCUGGAAGAAGAAUGUCUUCAUCAUCGGAGUCUCGUUGUUCUACCUCGUGGGACUCUUCGAUCUCUGGGAUGGUCUACGCACCUUGAUGUACAGCGCCGCCGGAACCUACGCCAUCGCAUACUAUGUGGACGGAUCGCUGAUGCCUUGGAUUGGGUUUUUGUUCUUGAUGGGCCACAUGUCGCUCAACCACAUUUUCCGCCAGAUGGCGGACGAUGGCGCGACGGUGGAUAUCACGGGCGCCCAGAUGGUUCUCGUUAUGAAGCUCACCUCUUUCUGUUGGAACGUGCACGAUGGCCGUCUCGCUCAGGAGAAGCUGUCGGACCCGCAGAAGUACUCGGCCAUCACCAAGUUCCCCGCCAUCGUGGACUACCUGGGCUAUGUGAUGUUCUUCCCCUCCCUUUUCGCUGGACCAUCAUUCGAAUAUGUGGACUACCGUCGCUGGAUCGACACGACAUUGUUUGAUGUGCCCCCCGGCACCGAUCCAUCCAAGGUUCCCGCAACCCGAAAGAAGCGCAAGAUUCCUCGCAGUGGAACACCCGCUGCGAAGAAGGCAGCCGUCGGACUCAUCUGGAUCUUGAUAUUUAUUCAACUAGGCUCAUACUUCACCACCGACUUCCUGCUGUCUGAAGCCUUCCUGCGGUACUCUUUCCUGCGCCGCGUGUUUACCGUGCACAUGGUGGGCUUCACCGCACGCACCAAGUACUAUGGUGUCUGGGCUCUGACCGAAGGCGCAUGUAUCCUGUCUGGUAUGGGAUACAACAGUUUCGAUCCGAAGUCUGGUAAGGUCUUUUGGAACCGACUGGAGAACGUCGACCCCUGGGGUCUAGAGACAGCCCAGAACUCCCACGCUUAUCUGGGCAGUUGGAACAAGAAUACCAACCACUGGUUGCGGAACUACGUUUACCUCCGCGUGACGCCGAAGGGCAAGAAGCCUGGUUUCCGUGCUAGCAUGGCUACCUUCGCUACCAGUGCGCUGUGGCACGGUUUCUACCCGGGAUACUACAUGACUUUCAUCCUAGGAUCUUUCAUCCAGACCGUCGCAAAGCACUUCCGCCGCUACGUCCGCCCCUUCUUCCUGACUCCGGAUGGACUGAAGCCCAUGGCGAACAAACGCUACUACGAUAUUCUCAGCUGGCUGGCCACCCAGCUGACGCUUUCUUACGCCGUGAUGCCAUUUGUCCUUUUGAGAUUCAACGAGUCCAUGACCGUCUGGGGCCGGGUGUAUUACUAUGGUAUCAUCAACUGCGCCGUCUCACUUGUCGCAUUCGCCUCAUUCUCCCCGCUCAAGGGCCACCUUGUUUCCCGACUCAAGCGUCGCAACAAGCCCCACGUUGGUCGCACCGCCAGUACCGAGUCUGUUCGUCCACCGGUCCUCGGUCUACCCAAUGACCCCGAGCGCGACUUCGAUGAGGCCGUUGCGGAGAUCAAAGCCGAGAUUGAAAACCGAGGCCGCCGUGGCAGCACCGUUACCAUGCCUACCGGUGAUGACUUGAAGGCUGCCGUGGAGCAGAAGAUUGGACGCAAGCUAUAG